CUUCAUAAAAUGCUUGAAGUAUUGGGAGGGGAUAAUUAUCUUCUUAUACUUGAUGAUGUAUGGAAUGAGGAUAUGGAGAAGUGGGAAGAUCUAAGAAAUUGCUUGUUGGGAAUAACAAGAAAUAUGGAGAGUAGAAUUAUUGUGACAACUCGAAAGGAGAAUGUAGCGUUGGCUAUGGGAACACUUCCUGGUUAUAUGCAUCAUCCGCACAGACUUGUAGAUGAAGAGUGUUGGUCAAUAAUCAAAGGGAGAGCAUUUGCCGGAAACUACUCUUCCAUACCUCUAGAAUUGGAGGUUAUUGGAAAGGAAAUUGCUAAAAGAUGUGGAGGUGUGCCAUUGGUUGCACGGGUUAUAGGUGGAACAUUGAGCAAUAAAAGUGACAAAGAUGAAUGGAUGUCAAUCAAAGAUAGUCCUGCUUGGUGUUCAUUUGAAAUGGAUAAUGGCAUUUUACGUGUACUUAAAUUGAGUUUUGAUCGGUUACCUUCAUCAUCCUUGAAGCAGUGUUUUGCAUACUGCUCAAUCUUUCCUAAAGACUUUGAAAUUAAAAGGGAAAACUUAAUUCAGCUUUGGAUGGCUGAAGGGUUUCUUCAAUCCUCUGAAGUAAGUAAGGUGGAGAUGGAAAUUAUCGGUAACAAGUAUUUCAAUGACUUAGUAUUGAAUUCCUUGUUCCAAGAUGUGGAAAGGGAUGUAUAUGGAAACAUUAAAACUUGCAAGAUGCAUGACUUAGUUCAUGAUCUUGCUCUGUUCGUUUCAGAAGCAGAAUCCUUGGUUUUCGAGAAGGCUGGUUCCAUGAAUAAUGCUUCUCGUAUUCGACGCUUGAGUGUCAUUUCCACCGGAGAAGAGGCACCAACUAUUCCAGAAGCUGUUGCUACAAAGUUGCGUUCUUUGUUUUCCAAGGUUGAUAUCUUCAACAGUAUCUCAGAGGAACCCAGAAGCCUCCGAGUCCUAGAUUUUCAGAAUCCUAACGUUGAGAAGUUGCCAGCUUAUCUUGGCAAAUUGAAGCAUUUAAGGUACCUUAACAUUUCAAGAACUAAAAUCAGAAAGUUACCGAAAUCUUUCACCCGACUCUACAAUUUGCAGACGUUAAGACUCAUGGACUGCAGUCUCGAGAGGCUUCCCAAAGGAACAACAAGACUGGUUAGCUUGAGGCAUAUUUAUUUUGAUGAGGAAAAGAUUAUGCCAGUCAAGAUUGGAUGCUUAACAAACCUUCGAACAUUGCCAUUCUUUUAUGUGGGAGUGGAAAAAGGACACCAAAUUGAAGAACUUGGUUGCUUGAGCCAACUCAGAGGAGAAUUAAAAAUAUACAACCUUGAGCAUGUAAAAGAGAAAGCUGAAGCCAUUAGAGCUAAGUUGCAAGAGAAGACAGAAGUAUAUGAGCUGGAACUGUUAUGGAGCUUCAAAAGAGAAGGCUAUAGCAAUGACAAGGAAGUAUUGGAGGGCCUCAAGCCUUGCUCAAAUUUGAAAAGCUUAAUGAUUGUAAAUUAUCAGGGAGACAGCUUACCAUCGUGGAUGCUGAUGACUGUCCAUGGUUUUGGCUACACAUUUCCCCUUGACAUGGUUUCUUUGAAACUAAAUAAAUGCACGGAAUGCAUAAACAUUUCGAGUCUUGGGCAGCUGCGGAAUCUAAAAAUUCUUGAACUAGAUGGAAUGGAGAGGGUGAAAUGCAUAUACAACAGUGACACAGCAAGCAAUAACUGGGGUUGGGGUGAGGCAAUCACACUAUUCCCUUCAUUGAGACGAUUCAGCUUAGAGAAUAUGAGCAGUCUUGAAGAAUGGGUACAAGGUGUGGACCUGGGGACAGAAGGAAGAGAAGACAUCGUCUUGUUUCCACACCUUGAGGAGUUAAUUGUCUUGAGCUGUCCAAAGUUGAAGUGUGUUCCAACAGAGAGAGGAUUGACAUCUCUUCAAGCAUUUCAUGUUUGCUACUGCGACGAAUUAAGAAAUUUAAAUGAUGGAAUAUCUGCCUCCAAAGUUCUAAAAGAAUUAAGAUUGUGGAGGUGUCAUGGUCUGAUCUCUGUCCCCAAAGAUAUAGGGGAACUUCGUUCUCUUGUCCAUUUAGAAAUCUCUUUUUGUCCGAAAUUGACAACAAUUCCGGAUGAGAUCUUUGGUUAUCUCAGCAGUUUGAAGGAACUAAGAAUUGGUUUUUUCUCAGAAGAGUUAAAGGAAUUUCCAGGCCUCAAUUCAAUCCACCUUCUGCAUGCGUCUCUUGAACACCUGUACUUAUUUGGAUGGAAAAAUCUAAAGUCUCUACCACCUCAACUUCAACACCUUGCUGCCCUUAAAUUGUUUGUAAUAUGUUUUUUCGAUGGAAUAGAAGCUUUGCCAGAGUGGUUGGGAAACUUAUCUUCCCUUCAAAGACUACGAAUCAGUAAUUGCAACAAUGUGAUGCGGCUACCUUCUAUGGAAGCCAUGACAUGUCUCUCCAAAUUACAGGGACUUGAAAUUAACAGGUGUUCAGCAUUGACAGAAAAAUGCACCAAGGAGAGUGGCCCUGAAUGGCGAAAGAUUGCUCACAUUCCUUACAUUCAGAUUAAUUGGCAAUGCAUUCAGUAUUGAGCAUGCAGCCUAAAUCCUUUGAGAAACCUUCAUUUUCAGUAAUCGUUUGAGUGAGUAACCUUCUUCAUAUGUAUGUUCCUUCGUAUCAGUCCAUUGUACUUUAUUGGUCAAAAGUUUCCCUCUAAAUGAUGUGUUUAUAACAUUAUCAACUGUUGCACGACUUAAUUAUUUCAUCUGUUGGUUAGUUUGUACAUCACCAUGGGACAAUGCAUCUUGAGCUGAUCACACGGGAGGAUCAAAGUCAAAUGAACUUUGAUCAAUGGGUUAUUGAUCUCUGAAUAAGUUCUAAUCUCAAUGAUAUAAUUGAUAAAUCCUUAAUUAAACGA